ACUAUCAGAUUAAUGAAUCACGAAUAAUUGAAGCAGAAAAAAAUGGACAAAAUUUACAAGGUUCAGGAGAAGAAAGUGUUACUGGUAGAGCACUUCAGGCACUUGUUGGAGCAAUAUACCAUGAUCAGGGCGCAUACGCGGCAAAGCAAUUUGUCCAUAAACAUAUAUUAUCGGCGCCUAUAGAACUUAGGUAA